ACCCCUCCCCAAAAAGUGACAAUUAUACAUUGAAAUGUUUUACUUAUUGAUACUUUACCUUUUCCGUAUAUUCUUUCGAAUCAGCUGAUUGACAUUUGCAUACGUUAUUGCUAAACACCUACUACAUACUAUGAAAUGGCUACAUCGUUCUGACUUUUAGAGAAAAAAAACCUGUGUCUGUUACCUGUGAUACGUAAACAGUAUGCAACUAGAUUUAUUGUCUAAAUGUGGAUCUAACAUUAUUGUUAUUGCAAUACUUCUACUAACAAUCAAAAGUAAUUUCCACUGCCGCGUUAUAAAGAAUGGACAAUCACUUGGUCAUUUAAAGAAGGAAAUAGUCCAAAGAAAUAAAAGAUAUACAUUAAGUAUACCAAAAAUGCAUUUAUGUCAAAGAUCAUUUCAGCGAUGUGGGAACGGGUACGGAGGUUGUGGUGGACACUGUCCUCCAGGGAGAAGAAACGUCUGUUCAAGAUCAAGGGGAUUCUGUAUAUCUGUGCGAAUGCGAUCAGGAUAGACAUCGAGUGUUUUCUAAGGGAACACAGGACUCUUGCUCAAACUCAUUGUAUUUAUUUAUGAUUUCAUUACAACUUAGUGGUAUUCACUCGUUAAACAGUUAGAAAAUUGUUGAUAUCUGUAUUUCAGUAAUCAUUCAUUAUUUCUUAAUAUUAUCUAUUUAUGUCAAGGUUUCAUGUUCUUUUGAAAUAAGUUCAUCUUUAAAGAAUGACAAUACGCCUUUUUAUCAUGUAUAUGAAUAAGCUCAAAUAUCUUUAAGGUAAAAGGAUGUGAUUGAUGAUAUAUCAGUUUCGUUUGAAGGUUUUUUUUAUUAGUUUUAAGGUAUAAUUCUCUGUAUUGUUCUUACGUUCAGCAUAUUGCAAUAUCUUAUCAAUUCAUUCCAAAAUUAACAUUAGCUGAAGGUGUAUCUAUAAAUAUUUUGGAUAACAGAUAUCCUUCUUUAGUAUUUUUCUUCUCAUAUUGAUUUUUGUUUUGAUGUACUAUAAAAUACUAUUCACGAA